UUCAGGCGCGCAAGUUGUUGUUUUAUCAUGUUAUCAGCAACUUUUGUGUGAAACUGAAGUGUUAAAACUAUAAAAUGCCGAAAGCAGCUCUUCAAAUCCUCCAGCCCGCAGUUUCGCGGGACGAAACUGAUCGGAUACCGAAAAAUAUUAAUAUAACCAAUUUGGACAUCGUAAUGUAUGUUGUCGCGAUUUUGGGGCAUUUUGUGGAUCUGGGAUUAGAUAUUAACGUUGCCAUUAGGUAUUACUUGGCCAAUAAUGUUAUGGAAUUCGGGUGGACACUGGCUUUCAUACUUGUACCAGCUUUUAUCAAUACCUUGGUGUCUAACAGAAUGUAUUCUCAAGAUAAAGAAUUGGGGGAAGAUUCGUUAUCAAACACGGUGACCAAACAGAGGUGGUUGAGAAUUUUUAUUCUCGUGCUCCAAAUGGCGCCGAUAUUACGGUUUACUGAUGCUUUGAUUUACGCAAUCAAGUCUCGCCGAGCCGAACGCAAGAAGGAUGAAGCCACACAGCGCCUGUACUACGGUCUGAUGCUGAAAGAGGAUUCAGAUGCAGCACUGCUGAGGAUCUUCGAAUGUUUCCUAGAAGCCGCGCCUCAGCAGGUCUUGCAGACCAGCUUGUUGCUCCGGCGGUAUGAGGAUUUUAGAGUCCACCAGAUCCUGUCGAUCUGCUCGUCCAUCAUCGGCAUGGGCUGGUGCUUGGCAGCGUACCAGCGCGCAGUGCGGUUCGCGCAACAAGACAAGCUCAAUAUGAAUUGGCAAGGGUCUGUGUUGCAGGUCGUCUGGCAUUUCCUUGUUACACUGAGCCGCAUCAUCUCAAUAUCAAUAAUAGCAUACCUCUUCCCAAUAUGGACCAUCUUAGCCUGCUUCAUCCAUAUAUUCUGCAUGUCAAUCUGGCUGCAACUGCUCGACCGUUCUCCGUUCUGCUCACACAACAAGAUAGCCGAACUAGCCUUCUCUGUCGCACUUGGGGCCGUGUAUUUAUUCACAUACAUCCUCCCCAUUGAAGGUAGAACGAGGUAUAGAUACACGGUGUAUUAUAUAUUAUGUUUUUUUCAAAAUCUGACCUGUGCGUUGUUAUGGUACUUCUACGUAGAUGAUGCUACAAGGAAUUCUGUGUAUUUUCACCUAGUGUCGGUAUUGACUAUAGUGCCAUAUUGCAUAGGGAUAUUAUUCAUGGUUGUCUAUUAUAUGUUCUUCCAUCCAAAAGUGAAAGUGCGAAGAGGAAUUACUGAUACAGCAGUCAGUUUCAAAGUGAACGAACAAAUUGCUGAAGUUAGCUAGAGUUAAAUGAUUAGCUUUUGCUAUUUAAUCAUCUAGUAUUAUUAUCAUAGGCUCUCCAAGUUACCGUAGAAUAUAAUUUUAAAUAUUUUUACAACAGUACAAUUUUAUACAAUCUCAUAUCAUACAUAUAUCUAACGAAAGUU